AGGGAGAUCGGAUGAAACCCUCGAUUCCGAUGCAAAGAUGAUUGUUGCUUUGCUUGCGGGUGUCUUCGUUCUAAUCUUAGCAGUUAGCUUGACCGUCUAUUAUUGGUGGCUACGACAUUUACGUUCUGUUGUUGCUGCUUCUAAGAAUAAAGAUUGUUUAUUGAAAAAAGAGUGCAGAGUGAUAUUGGAUUCAUACAAGCACUUGGAAGUUGCUCGACAUCACUUGAAUUUGUUUGAAAAGUUGGGAGAAGGACACUUUGGGACAGUUCAUAGAGCGCGAGCCUGUGGUAUCGUAACUCCAGGAGAGAACAUCACUGUCGCUGUAAAAAUGUGCAAAACUAUUGAAGAUAAUGCAGACGAGACAGGAUUCCGUGAACACAGCCUGUGUGUGGAAGUAGAACUUCUUGCUAAGAUCGGUAGCCACAGCAACGUCGUCAAACUGUUGGGCAUUUGCUCGCAAGAAGGACCGCUGUGGCUUAUAUUUGAGGGAGCUCAGCUUGGAAAUCUGUUGACGUAUUUGCGAUCUGCUAGAGACGUUGUGGAGGGACAGUCCUGUGCACUUACGACUAAUCAGAGUACAACGGGGGAAAAUUUACUCAUCACACAAAGAAAAAUGUUUACGUUUGGAGAGCAGAUAGCAAAGGGGAUGGCUUACCUCAACAGCAAAAAGAUACUCCACCGUGAUCUUGCUGCCCGCAAUGUCUUGGUGUUUGAAAACGAAGUACUCAAAGUGAGCGAUUUUGGAUUGGCCAGAGACGUCAAAUAUCAUGGUUACUAUCGUCGCAAGACUGCGUGCGAAAUGCCGGCAAAAUGGAUGUCUCCCGAGGCAAUCAUGCAUAAAGUCUACACGCAAGCUAGUGAUGUGUGGUCGUUUGGUAUCGUGCUGUGGGAAAUAGCUACACUUGGUGGUUCUCCAUAUCCUAGUAUUCCUAUUUCAAGGUUGUAUGAUCUUCUCGUUGAGGGUUAUCGUAUGAGCUGUCCUGUCAAUUGUCCUCGUCUUCUUCAUACCAUAAUGCUUGGUUGUUGGAAUGCUGAAGCAAGUGAAAGGCCAACUUUUGUGACUCUCAUAACAUUGCUAUCUGAUUCGAUAAAAGAAACGAAAUAUUCACCAGCUGUCGGUCACGAAUUUAUAGACUCUGGCAAACCAGCUUGCCUUUAGUAGUAUUUAUAGUCAAUCAAUUCUAUAGAUCAUAAUCGACAAUCUUUAUGAACUUAAGUAUUCAUGUUUCUUUCUAUGAAAUUUUAGUAGGAUAUAAUAAUUAAUUUAUUAUAAGAGUUGUAUUUGAAUUCUGAUAAAUA